CCUCAGUGAGAUACAUGCAAGCUUGGUAGUGGUCUUGUGGAUCUCUCCAGGCGUUUUCUGGAAUCUGCAGCUGCCUGAGGAACAGAUCUUUGCACCUGAGCGCACUCCGCCGUGGGAAUUAUUCUUAUUUUUUCACAUUUAAUUAUCGGAGACGCCAGACUUCAACAUGCCUCGCUCAUUCCUUGUGAAGAAGUAUUUCUCCAACAAGAAACCAUACUACAGGGAGAGCCAGCUGGAGAGUCAAACCGCUUUUGUCCCAGAGAGCUUUCCUCGGGCUGAACUUCCAACGCAGAACAACAGCUCUGCCCUGACCUGCUAUCCCACCAGCCCAUUCUUCAGCAGCAUGGACACCCUGCCUGCGCCCCUCUCCCCGGUCACGCCGGUGUCCCUGCCCCCUUCACCCCUGGGUCCCCUGGACCUCAGCAGCUCACCCUCCAGCAGCAGCAGCAGCAGCAGCAGCAGCAGCAGCAGCGAGGAAGAGGAGGACGGUGGACGCAGUUCAGACCCCCCCAGUCCGGAUAUCAUCCAGCACAUCUACCACUGUCUUCACUGCAGUAAGAGCUACACCAGCCUCUCCGCGCUGUCCCACCACCAGCUCUCCCACUGUACCCCACUGCAGCAGACGCCCUCUCUGCCCACCGAAGUGUCUGCGCGCCCGGCCUUCCACUGCAAACAUUGCCCCAAGGAGUACACCAGCCUGGGAGCCCUGAAGAUGCACAUCCGCUCACACACCCUGCCCUGUGUGUGCCCCACCUGCGGCAAGGCCUUCUCCAGACCGUGGCUGCUCAGAGGACACAUUCGCACACACACAGGUGAACGCCCCUUCGCUUGUCAGCACUGUAAUCGGGCUUUUGCUGACCGCUCCAACCUCCGCGCCCACCUGCAGACCCACUCUGAAGUGAAGAAGUAUCAGUGCGGCUCCUGCUCGCGGACCUUCAGUCGCAUGUCCCUGCUGCACAAACACAAUGCCUCUGGUUGCUGCCCUGCCUCGUAGACUCACAUUCCCAGGACUGCUCUCAUAAGCCAGUUGAAGCUGCUUGCUGGUUCUGACCCCCACCCCCUCCACCCCUGAUUAGAGCCAAUACACCCAGAGGACAUUUUGGGGAAUUGAUGCCAAAUCAUUUCAUGACAAGCCAUGAAAGGAAAUCUGCAGUUCUUGUGCUUUUAUAAAAUGACUCUUUAAGUGCCUUUUUUAAUAUUUCAAGACUAUAGGUUGAUCGUUUUUUUUUUUUUUUUUUUUUUUUUUUUUUUUUUUUUUUGAGGUCAUAUUUGUUAUCUGCAGCACAUUUUUGCUGUGUCCUGUCAACUGUUUGUGUGUGUGUGACUUGAGGGCAGCUGGACAUGCAGUUAAUACCCAGGAAACUCCAUUGGUGCCGGCCGGUCCGGGACUCUGGCCAUGUUGCAGCUGCUUGGGUGUGUUUGUGUGUGUCUGUGGUGUAUGCGGGGAUGUCAUUCCUCACCGUACUAUACAUACAUGGCAUGUGUGUGGAAAUGAGCAAGUGUGUUUGUGUGAGUGUGAGUGUGUGUUGAGACAGCUGUCUGUGUAUGGUGUACCGUGGAGGCAGGGCGCUGAGAGACGUGUUAGCCAUGACCUCGACGACAGGUGACCCUCUGCUCGCCUCUCCUCGCGUCACAAAGUCUUUCCACACACACUCAUUGUGUCAUUGGACAUGAAAGGACCACUUCAGGUUGACCAAAAGAACCACAACUUGCCAUCACCAAUAUUGUCAUUUAUUUAGACAUGUUUUUUUUGGGGGGGGAAGAUUUUGAGCUGCAGGUUUUAUGAACUAUUUUGCUGAACAUGCCUUCAAAUAGGAAUUCUGUGCCUUUUUUAAGGUUGUGUAUUUUUCUGCCACAUGUAAAUAAAACCUUUUUGUUAAAAAAAAAAAAAAAACUAUUGUGGACCUACUUAUUAUGUGCUCUACUAAUAAUAAUUAGUAUUUCAACAGGCAUUGUAUUAACUUGCAUCUCUAAAUGAGUUCAUCAGGACA